AUGUUUAAGCUUCUCGUUUUGCUAGCUCUUGUUGCCCUGGCCACCGCUCAGUGGGGCUAUGGCGGAUACGGAGGAUACCCGAUGGGUGGAUAUGGGGGUUACGGAGGAUACCCUGGUUACGGAUAUGGUGGAUAUCCAAUGUAUGGAGGUUACAGACCAUGGGGAUAUGGUGGAUACGGACGUGGAGGUUUCAUGCGGGGAAUGAUGAUGGGAAUGAUGUACGGA